UUAAAAAAAAUUAAUUUACGCCACUCAAAGAAUAAAAUAUAUCAAACCGGUAUCUGUGAAUCUCAAAACAAAAUAUAUAACUUGCCUUGAGCAAAAUAUAUAUACUUAAACAGGGAGAACAAUGUGGUCAGUAUUGGAUGUUUCGCAUGUAAUGGACAACACGGAUCAACAAUCUAACUCAGCACUCUGAACUCAGUGGUAAACAACUAUAUUUAUAUAUAUAUAAUAUAUUAAAAUAUAGUGGUAUCGCAUUAUUAGUGUCGUGAUUAAGUGAGAUUUUAAUAACUACGCGCUGAAGUCUGAUUAGAAUUAUUAUGCACGUCUCAGCAGAUAUUAAAGUUGGCGACAGCACCACACUCAAAACUGCACCGAUUGAAAAACAACCCUAUCAACCGAUUGUUUGGCGUAAUGUUAUACUGUGCUCGUUGAUCCAUUUGGGUGCACUGUACGGCGUCUACUUGGCGUUUACUUCUGCAAAAAUCACUACGACUAUUUUCGCGAUCGGCCUGUAUCAAAUUUCUGCGAUUGGCAUAACCGCUGGAGCGCAUCGGCUUUGGUCGCACAGGGCGUACAAAGCGAAAUGGCAAUUACGGUUAAUUAUUAUUACACUCAAUACAAUAGCAUUUCAGAAUUCAGUUUAUGAAUGGGCCCGCGAUCACAGAUUACACCACAAGUACUGUGACACGAACGCCGACCCGCACAACUCGAAUAGAGGGCUGUUCUUUUCGCACGUAGGUUGGCUAUUGUGCCGAAAACAUCCUGAUGUCAUCGAGAAAGGUCGCACCAUUGACACCAGCGAUUUAUUGGCCGAUCCAAUCGUGACCUUCCAAAAAAAAUACUUUUGGUUCCUGAUAACGUGGGCUUGUUUCAUUAUACCCACACUUAUACCAGUGUACUGUUGGGGAGAAACAUGGAGAAAUUCUUGGUACGUAGCCGUUUUGUUGCGGUACACGCUCACACUCAACGCAAUUUGGUUGGUCAACAGCGCCGCACACGCGUGGGGAGGAAAACCAUACGAUAGGUUUAUCAACGCGUCGGAGAACCUUGUGGCGUCCAUCUUGUCGGUGGGCGAGGGCUGGCACAACUACCACCACGUGUUCCCGUGGGAUUACAAAACAGCGGAACUGGGCAAUUACCAUUUCAAUUACACCACCGCGUUCAUCCACCUGUUCGCUAAAAUCGGAUGGGCGUACGACCUGAAGACCACAUCAACGGAGCUCGUGCGUAAACGGGCCUCCCGCACCGGCCUGGUCGAUUCCGGGGGGGACCCGGUGCCACUGCCGUGGGGCUGGGACGACAAGGACUGCCCUCAGUCGGACCGCAUGGAGGCCACGAUCGUAAACAGGAAACAGGGUUGAUCGCGAUAUACGAUCGUACUGUUGUAUGUCUGUACAAUUGUAGAUAAUAUGUAUGAAACGAAUAGUUCAAAGAAUAUUCUUUGAGAUCUAAAGUUUAAGAAAAAUGUUUAAAUGUAAAAAAAAAAAUGCAUUUAUAUAACUAUAAAACGUUAGCAAAACUAUGGAGAAUUAAAUUUAAUAAAUUGACUCUAUAUGUCAUACUAAAUUAA